CCUGGUCAAUAUAAAAUCAUUCAGUUGUAGAAGAGCUUUGUCGAACUAGCAAUCGUAAUUUUCUAUUAUGGACUAAGAUAUUUUUUAAAAUGUUUGAAUGUUAUAGCGUUAAAUUAAAAGUAUUCCUUUUUACAGGAAUUUAUCUAAAUUUGGUAUUUUCAACGUCCACACAAAUCCUGCCAGAACCACUGGUGUCAUUUGACAGCCACAACUCUGUAUGCCAUGGUCCGGCAGCAACACAUGGUCAAUACCGUCCAUCAUGUCCAAACAACGAGUCGAUUAUUGCCAUUCAAAAGUUAAAGGUUGGAGCAAAACCGGUUUCAAGUGGUUGCCCAUCUAUUGUUACCAAAGUGAAUGACCAGAUAGUAGACAGUUUAAAUAUUUCCAACGUUCUUAAUGAAACAGCAUGUUGCCUGCCAGACGACUCCGUGGAUUGUUUAUUGGAAUUUAAUUAUGCCAAUUCAGGACUUAACUACUUAUAUCAUAAAAACUCGUCUGGGUAUACAGAAAGCAAACCAAACAUGGAUGUCACCUGGGCGCCAACUUAUUGCCAAGAAGACCAAUUCCAUUAUCCAGAAGCAACUCAUUUCAUGUUCCUUGAAUUCUCUUGUAUAGAACGCACGAGGAUUGGCAAUUUGUGUUCCACAAACACUUAUUCUGUAAGCGAUGAUGUGUUUUAUCUUUACAAUACCAAUUACCCUGACAGCGUGUCAUCUUUCAUUGGCCUUUGCCAGUGCCAAAUUACAACGACCGGACAAAGCAUUCAGUUCUACUCAAUUGACAUUCGUCUAGAGAAGUACGGCAAUGAAUGUAAACAAACACUCAACAUAACUGAUUCUAAUGGUGUUACAUUGUUGGACUGUGCGUCAGCUACAAUCUUCAAUGUUACCAAGGCUGCAAAGACCCGCGCUGUAACAUUGACGUUCAAAAACGAUUUGCCGGAAGAUGGUGGAAACAUAUGGAUUGGGUUUUCCAGUGAGGAGAAAGAGACUUUAAGAAUAGAAUGUGGAUAUCAAAUGAAACAAGUAACGACUGAAUCUUCAACACAUAAUGAAGUUUCAAGUGCUGCUCCAGACGGUACAAUCACAGCAAUACAAAGUCAAACUUCAACAACGACUUCAAUAACUUUAACCCCCACUGGUAGUUACAUUCAUCAGUAUUCUAAAAGUGACAGCGGUCACUUUGACACAUUAUCUGAACGAACAGAUACCUUUGAUGUUACUUCUACUAUAAUCGAAACAACGAAAAUGUACACUUCGACAGAAGAAUCAGUGGCAACGUCUUACUUACAAUCAUCACUUUCAAAGAUCACCACACCAGCUUUUCAGUCACCAACAUUUUCUGCUUCCAGAACGUCUCAAUAUUCUACAACUUCUGUCAACGUAUCCAAUACAUCUCGGUCUCCUUUGUUAAGUAAAGACAUGUCUUCAAGCUCAUCAAACUCUCAAUCGAUGACAAGUACCUCUAUAGAGCUUAUUUCACCUACAACGUCUUCCAGAAAUUACCAAACUUCAUCAAAUGCAGGCACCUUAUCUGAUCUCCAAACGAUUAUUUUCAAAGAAGAAUCAGUGGCAACGUCUUACUUACAUUCAUCACUUGCAAACAAGGGAACCACAACACCUAUUCAGUCACCAACAUUUACUGCUUCCAGAACAACUACUGACAUACUGUUUUCAACGUCUCAAUAUACUUCAACUUCUGUCAACCUACCCAAUACAUCUCGGUCUUCUUUGUUAACUAAAGACAUGUCUUCAAGCUCAUCAAACUCUCAAUCGAUGACAAGUACCUCUAUAGAGCUUAUUUCACCUACAACGUCUUCCAGUAAUUACCAAACUUCAUCAAAAGCAGGCACCUUAUCUGAUCACCAAACGAUUAUUAUCAAAGAUUCAUCUGGAUUAAUUGUCGUGUAUGUAUUCUUGGGAUUGAUUCUCACUGUCCUGACAGGUGCAGUUAUCUAUCUCUUGGUGCGUAAGAGAUGUACCGAUCAAGCGGUACAACCUGUGGAGUCAAAUGGAGAAAGUGCUAUUAAUGAUAAUCGUCCAGCGUCAUUGAGACAAAGCAUAAAUAGUGAUGAAUCCUAUGUGAGCAUUCGUCCUGGAGCCCAACAAAAUGUUUUCCGCUUACCGAAUAUUUUCUCUAGAAGUAACGAUGAUAGACGUGGAGACAAAGUUGAAAAUGACUCCGAUAAGAUUGAGAUAGAAGAUGAAAACUUACCUCACCCAAAAAAGAAAUAUCAAAAGAAAAAGAGGAGCAACAAGCAACGUAACAAAAAGAGUAUGCGUCGCUCUAAAAAGAAAAAAAAGCAGGUGUAAUUUGAAGACGAAAUAAAACAAUCUAAUUAAAACAAUUUAUAACAAGUUUGAGAGAUAAUGACAUUAUAAGCGGCUAACAUUUGCAUAUUUUUUUAUUAAGUUCAUUGAUUGGUACAUUUGAAAGCAAUUUGUAGGUGUUUACUUUGCUGUUGUUUCAUUUUUUUAUUUUGUAUAUAUUUUGAUUUCACGCAUUACAUAUAGUUUCAUUGAUAUUCACUUUUUUGUUUUGACCUUCUUCAUAUUUUUUUUUAUUCUUGUACAAUGUGUGCAAAUUGAGGUAAGAUAAAUGGUAUAUUUUAACGAAAAGUAGUGCUAUUGUAGUGGUUAAUAACCUGUUGAUAUCAAACUAAUAUUUGAAUAAUAAAAUUUUGUUCACGAAAAAAUAAAUGUAUACGAAGUUAUACAAGCACCUUGUUCAAAGUUUUGCCUCUAAAAAUGAAACUGAAUGGUAUAACUCAAUCAAUAGCUCUGAAGUAUUUAAUAAGCAUAUUGAAUGUAAAUGAACAUAAGUUAAAGUUUAAAUUCUUCUAAAGGGGAAUUGCAGCCAUCUUAGUCAUACGAUACGAUGUCAAAAAUGCCAAAUUUCCACUCGUCGUUGCCUUUGCUACUUUUUGAAGUGAACACUGAUUAUGAAUAGAAUCCAAAUAAAUGGUAUCCUUUA